UCAAACAGAGGUUAACGACAAAGGCCACAUUUGGAGGUAAACUUUGUCUAUUAAAAUAAAAAAAGACAUCUUUUUCAGAAAAGAAAAAUUUCAUUCCUUUACAAAGAAAACAUUCCAUAUCCACCCAAAACAUUUAGCUAUAAAUGCAAUUAAAAAUAGGUGGACAACAUUUUCUUUCUCCGUCCCACAGAAAUCACAUGUAACAUCUACAUCAGUGCGAAACCUUAGAAAAAGAGUCUUUAAUGGGUAGAUUGUAAUGUUUCUCUCUGUGUUAUUAAACGCGUGAUGACGAGCACUGACGCAAGACUCGCGCAGGGGCAUCUCGGCCGCCGUACACCGUGGGGGAGGCGUGGCUUCCUCUCUGACCUUCUGAAGGACGUGUGCGUCCGCCAAUCAGCGCGGAGCGGCUGCGCAUGCGUAGAGCGCGGCGUGAUACUCGUGUGUAAGUGUGCCCGGUGGUUCAGUAUCUGUCAGCGGAACAUGUCGUGGCUGUUCGGGCUCAAUAAAGGCCAGAGUGUCGGUCCGCCGGAGGGCCCGGUUCCGCCCGCUCCCCCUCCUCCUCCCGGGGGCUCCGGUUCCGGUUCGGGAGAUAAACCCAAGGACAAAUGGAGCAACUUCGACCCGACGGGGCUGGAGCGCGCGGCGCAGGCGGCAAAAGACCUGGACCGGUCCCGCCAUGCCAAAGAAGCCCUGGAUCUCGCGCGCAUGCAGGAGCAAAGCGUCCAGAUGGAGCAUCAGAGCAAAGUGAAGGAGUACGAGGCGGCGCUGGAGCAGCUGAAGGGCGAGCAGAUCCGCAUUCAGGGAGAAGAGCGGAGGAAGACUCUGAACGAGGAGACCAAACAACACCAGGCGAGAGCUCAGUAUCAAGAUAAACUGGCCCGGCAGCGGUACGACGACCAGCUCCGACAGCAGCAAAUCCUGAACGACGAGAACCUGCGCAAACAGGAAGAGUCUGUGCAGAAACAGGAAGCCAUGAGGAGAGCCACCAUCGAGCACGAGAUGGACCUGCGGCACAAGAACGAGAUGCUGCGUGUGGAGGCGGAGUCUAAAGCCCGCGCGCGCGUGGAGCGGGAGAACGCUGACAUCAUCCGCGAGCAGAUCCGGCUGAAGGCGGCCGAGCACAGACAGACCGUCCUCGAGUCCAUACGGACGGCGGGCGCUGUAUUCGGGGAAGGUUUCCGCACGUUCGUAUCCGACUGGGAUAAAGUCACGGCUACGGUGGCAGGACUGACGCUGCUAGCGGUGGGCGUUUACUCGGCGCGUAACGCGACAGCUGUGGCGGGACGCUACAUCGAGGCUAGGCUAGGAAAACCUUCGCUAGUUCGGGAAACCUCUCGGAUCACGGUGGCGGAAGCCCUCAAACACCCCAUCAAGAUGGCGAAGCGUUUGAAGAGUAAAGCACAGGACGCGCUGGAGGGAGUCGUGCUUAGCCCGUCUCUGGAGGAGCGUGUGCGUGACAUCGCCAUCGCCACCAGGAACACGCGGCAGAACCGCGGCCUGUACCGCAACAUCCUCAUGUACGGCCCGCCGGGCACCGGGAAGACGCUCUUCGCUAAGAAGCUGGCGAUGCAUUCUGGGAUGGAUUACGCCAUCAUGACGGGGGGCGACGUGGCCCCGAUGGGGCGUGACGGAGUGACGGCGAUGCACAAGGUGUUCGACUGGGCCGGAACCAGCCGCCGCGGGCUGCUGCUGUUUGUGGAUGAAGCCGACGCAUUCCUGCGCAAGAGGUCCACGGAGAAGAUCAGCGAGGAUCUGCGAGCGACUCUAAAUGCAUUCCUGUACCGCACCGGAGAACAGAGCAACAAGUUCAUGCUGGUGUUGGCCAGUAAUCAGCCUGAGCAGUUCGACUGGGCCAUAAACGACCGAAUCGACGAGAUCGUGAACUUCAAGCUGCCGGGACCCGACGAGCGGGAGAGACUCGUGCGGCUGUACUUCGACCGAUACGUGCUGGAGCCGGCCACUGGAGGACGCCAGCGGCUGAAGCUGGCUCAGUUCGAUUACGGGCUGAAGUGUUCGGAGAUCGCCAAGCGUGUGGACGGCAUGUCUGGACGAGAGAUCUCUAAACUGGGCGUGGCCUGGCAGGCGGCGGCGUACGCGUCUGAGGACGGGGUCCUGACGGAGGCCAUGAUCGACGCCCGUGUGGACGAGGCGGUCCGACAGCACCAGCAGAAGAUGGACUGGCUUCAUGGCGAAGGAGCGCUGGCGCCGGAAACACCCGCUAAAGGCUCGCGGACGGGCUUCACGCUCACAGCACAGGAAGUGCUCAGCCCCCGGCAGGAAGUGACAUCAGAGCAGAGCAAACCUGACGGGACUCCAGUUUAACGCCGGUUUAGCGCGGCGCUCAUGUGUUAGAAGCGAUGAUGAACCGCAGUAUCUCGUGUGUGUGUGUGUGUGUGUGUGUGUGUGUGUGGCUGAUGAACUGUGAUGAUCGAGACGGCUCGUGUGUGUGUGUGUGUGUGUGUGACAGUAAAGCAACUCUCGUUUCUUACGUCUGAACCAUGUUUUUGCUCGAGUCAAACACGGACUGACUCAAACAUGUUUACCUUGAAUGUAAUGAAAGUGACAUCUGCAAAUGCAUAAAGUUGACCAACAAUAUGAAUAUACGCAUAUUUUGUUGUAGUAUAUUUAAUAUAAUUAAAGUUAUAUAACUGACUUAGAAGAAGUGCUACAGAAAAAGAGACCAUGGAAGGAUUUAAAAUCUAAAUCUUUGUGAAAAUCUGUUUAUUUACAACCACUGAGCCACACACACACACACACACACACACACACACACACACACACACACACACACACACUGUCCUAAUGAACCAAGAACUGAGCCACACACACACACUCACUAACACACACUGUCCGAAGGAAUCAAGAACUGAGAGUCGAGUUUAGGAACUGAUUCAUUGAAAUGAAUCAAAUGUUCCAAAGCUAUGAGAUUGUGUCGUUCAGAACGAACCGACUCUACAGUGAUUCAGACUUUCCAAACUUACAGUUGUAAUGCAACAUUUACAGACGUUCAGCUGUUUGCAAAGAAUAAAUCAAACUAAAGUAACUGAAAUAGCUCAACACAACAAAUGUUUCUAGUGGUUUCCCCACAUUCAACUGAAAAUACAACUUUUAAAGGGGUCUUAUAAUGUAAGGAUGUAAAAUAAAUAUCUGAUGCCCCAGA